GAAAGUAGGCUAAUCAUUACAGACUCUAGUACAGCAAAGCAAAACGACUGCUCCGUAUCUGCAAGAGACUAUCUUCAAGACAUCAGAAGUUAAAAUGAUGAGAAGCGAUACAGUGCUCACUCUGAUCGCUUUUCUCAUUUUUGGGAUGUUUUGUCACACUGAUGCAGUGAUGUCAUUAUCAGUGCUGGAGGGAGAAACUGUCUUUCUAAACACUGAUGUUUGCAAAAAACAGCAAGAGACAAUGCGCUGGUAUUUUAAUGACAGUCUCAUCGCUCUGAUCAAUGAUCCCGAUACGAGCUGUUUAUAUGAUGGUGUUGGAGGUAUAUUCAGACACAGACUGGAGGUGGACUAUGUGACUGGAUCUCUGAACAUCACAAACAUCACAACUGAACACACUGGACGUUAUGAAGCAGAGAUCAUCAGAAGUGAGAGUUCAGGGAAAAGUGAAAGCUUGAAAAGAAGCCCCAAAUGUAACAGCACAAAAAUUUACAGAAAAAACGUUAACGCUGAAGACAUCAUAAAAUCAAUCAGUCUGACUGUCAAUGCUUCUGAUUUUGGCAAGAACAAUAAUGAAGACCAAAUAGUACCAGAGGACAAACAGAAGAUGAUAUGUUCAGGUCCGUCUUCAGGCGCUGUAGCAGGAAUUGUUGUUGUUCUGCUGCUGGCUGUUGUUGCUGGUGUGAUCUAUAUAAAAAAGCACUGUCAAAAUCAUCCCAAUCCCAACUGAUGACGCUGCCGUGAGAUGUGUGGCACAACAAGCAUUUAUACUUUCACCUGGCUCUGCUUCGCUAUCCUCCACUGACUGCGCGCGCACCGCCAUUGAGAUAUUAUUUGAAACAAGAGGGCGAUGCUCGAACGAAAUUGUCCUUUAAAACAGCAGGAAUAACGGAAUAGGAAUUUUCUGGAAUUACGACAGAUCAUUUAAAAUAUUGCCACAGGCCGUUGAUCAAUAAGAAAAAAGAGAAUUUGUGUUUGUUGUUAGCUGAAUAUAUUUGUAUUCUA